GGGCGUGUCAGGGAAGGAUGCAAAGCCGUGCUCUUCUCAGCUUCUGGACAGUCUAUUGUUGCUUCUCGGCGGGAAGUCUCACAACCUUACCUCCCCAGAGAUCGCUGCGAGAUGAACAUCAUAAACCCUCUGGAGUGCUGGCUGCUGUCAAACCCUCGGUGGCUUUUAACAUCCGCACUUCUAAGGACCCAGAGCACGAAGGGUGUAAUCUCUCCCUUGGUGACAACCAACUCUUGGAAGACUGUGGCUUCAACAUGACAGCCAAAACCUUUUUCAUCAUUCAUGGAUGGACGAUGAGUGGUAUGUUUGAAAGCUGGAUGUAUAAACUUGUAUCAGCCCUGCAGACAAGAGAGGAAGACGCUAACGUAGUGGUGGUUGACUGGCUGCCCCUGGCUCACCAGCUAUACACAGAUGCAGUCAAUAACACCAGAGUGGUGGGGCAGAGAGUAGCUGGAAUGCUUGACUGGUUGCAGGAGAAGGAGGAUUUUUCUCUUGGGAAUGUUCACUUGAUUGGCUACAGUCUUGGAGCGCACGUGGCUGGAUAUGCUGGCAACUUUGUGAAAGGCACAGUGGGCAGAAUCACUGGUCUGGAUCCCGCAGGACCCAUGUUUGAAGGUGUGGACAUCAACCGGCGGCUCUCCCCGGAUGAUGCAGACUUUGUGGAUGUCCUGCACACCUACACACUCUCCUUCGGCCUGAGCAUCGGAAUUCGGAUGCCCGUGGGUCACAUUGACAUCUAUCCCAAUGGUGGCGACUUCCAGCCAGGCUGUGGAUACAACGAUAUCUUGGGCUCUAUUGCGUUAGGAACAAUCACAGAGGUGAUGAAAUGUGAGCACGAGCGAGCUGUACACCUCUUUGUUGAUUCUCUGGUGAAUCAGGACAAGCCAAGCUUUGCUUUCCAGUGCACCGACUCCAGCCGCUUCAAAAGGGGCAUCUGCCUCAGCUGCCGGAAGAACCGCUGUAAUAGCAUUGGCUACAAUGCUAAGAAAAUCAGAAAGAAGAGGAAUAGCAAAAUGUACUUAAAAACCCGGGCUGGCAUGCCUUUCAGAGUUUACCAUUAUCAGCUAAAAGUCCACAUCUUCAGUUACAAGAAUGUGGGAGACAUCCAGCCCACCCUCUACGUUACCCUGUACGGCAGUAACGGAGACUCCCAGAACCUGCCCUUGGAAGUAGUGGAGAAGAUUGGGUUGAAUGCCACCAACACCUUUCUGGUCUACACCGAGGAGGACUUGGGCGAUCUCCUGAAGAUCAGACUUGCCUGGGAGGCGAUAUCUCAUUCCUGGUACAACCUGUGGAAUGAGUUUCGCAGCUACUUGUCUCAACCCAGCAACCCGUCUCGGGAGCUGCACAUCCGACAAAUUCGUGUCAAGUCUGGGGAAACGCAGCGAAAAGUGACAUUUUGUGCUCAAGACCCUAAGAAGACUGGCAUCUCCCCGGGACAAGAGCUGUGGUUUCACAAGUGUCGGGAUGGCUGGGGAAUAAAAGCCAAAACCAGGUAACUAGCACUCGCUGCA